UAAACGCCGUUAUCGCGGAUCCUUCCCUCCUAACUGCCGUGACAUUCGUUCGUCGCUCGCGAUGCAGGCUCAAAAAGUCCAAGGCCACUGACCGGCUACCCAUAGAUAUAGACAGAGUGUGCUGUAACUUCCUCAAACAGUAGUUGCUAGGUAGAAAUAAGGCGCUGCGGCUUCUGACUCUGAGCGACUGUCAAAAAUAGUUUGCGUGCUCUGCCGCUAAGAUACAUUGUCCGCUGCAGUGCUAAGGCAUGGAAGAUGACACCCACCCACGCUGCGAGGCCAUGGAGAGCGACUGUGAGGUACACUCGGCUGGCGAAGAUAAUUAUCUCGCGACAUCGCUUUCGUCGCUCGGGCGCACGUCCUCGCUCGACUGCACAGAGCUCUUUUGCAACGAUGAGAGCUUCUCUCCUGCUACUUACCUGGGGCGUAGUGACCGAGUCGUCCAGGAAAGCGCCCCCUGGGCGUCGGCAUCGGCCGGAGCAGGCUCGGCGCAACCUGCAGUGAGCCCACUGACAUCCUAUGAAAGUAUUCUUGAAAUGAUCAGGCAAGAGCUUGCUGCAGAGCAAGAUGCCGUGAAUGUGGCCUCUUACUGCGCGGCGGCGGCGGCGAGUGGCACCGGGGCGUGCCCGCCAGCUGUGUGGACCGAGCACCGCCGAGUGCUGUGCGAGUGGAUGCUGGCGCUAUGCCGUGCCGCCAGCAUGACGCGCGAGACGUUCUGCCUGGCGGCCUCCCUCCUGGACCGCUACGUCGCGGAGUCCUGCGCCGCAAUGGGCGACAAGGGCUACCCGAGUGAGGGCACUCUGCAGCUGUUGGCCAUGGCGUGCCUGUCCUUGGCCAUGAAGUACGAGGAGGUGGCGCCGCUACACAGCACCGACCUGUUGCGACUGGCCCUCGACCCGCACACUGGCGCGCUGAUGUACACUGCCGCCGACUUGGGCCGCAUGGAAUGGCUGGUGUUGGAGAUGUUGAGUUGGCGCGUGCGCGUGCCCACGCCUACGUCCUUCCUCACACUGCUCCUGCCUGCUUGCGGCGCCACCAGUGCGGUAGCCUCCUCGCUAUCGGAGCUGCCUAGGGAUGACUCUGCCCACGUCCACAUCUCGGCGGGAGAGCCGCUGGUGCAGCGGGCCAGCCGCCUGCUGGACAUGUGCGUGUUGCGUGCGCCCCAGCUGCCGUACCAGCCCAGCAUCAUCGCCAUGACUUGCCUGUUGAUGGCGGAGCGCCUGAGCGGCGCAAGUGCACUUGAGUCCCAGCGCAUCCUGCAGCUCUGGUGUGACUUGUUUCCGGAUGCUCAACAACAACAACAACAACAACAACAACAACAACAACAACAACAACAACAACAACAACAACAACAACAACAACAACAACAACAACAACAACAACAACAACAACAACAACAACAACAACAACAACAACAACAACAACAACAACAACAACAACAACAACAACAACAACAACAACAACAACAACAACAACAACAACAACAACAACAACAACAACAACAACAACAACAACAACAACAACAACAACAACAACAACAACAACAACAACAACAACAGCAGCAGCUACAGCAUUGCUACGCUACGAUGGAGGCCUUGUGGUGUGCAGCGCACGGCGAUGGCAUGCGCCUGCUGCUCGCUCAGCAGCAGCCGUAUGAGGCGCCAGCAGCAGCCUCGCAGACCUGGAGCUGCGCCGCCGCUGUGUCCUCUCCUGCAACGACUCGGUGUGCCGCUUUACCAGCAGCGUCCUGCGCUACAGGGCGAGGGCUGCAUCAGCGCCAUGAGUACCAACCUUCAAGCCAGAAGCCAUUCGCACCCGAGGACCACGUGUCCCUUGUCCAGCGGCAGUACAUGGCAUGGGUGCAGGAAUACAUGCCGUUCCCUGAAGCCGUUACUGUAGUGAUGCACAGCUGUUCGACUCCUGCUGUCUUAUCAUGGUAAUCUCCAUCAGUCAACAACUAGCUAGAAAGGGUACAGCUGGGCUGUGAUUCUGGGCAAGGGUCACCGCCGGUAGGUGACGUGUGAGAUGACAGACAGACGUAGGUAGGGACCGUUUGCUUUCGAAGUGACAGCUGAUUGGCGUGGCAACGCCAGUAGGGUAGAUAAUAAAACGUGUGAGCAUGUGUUGUGCUUUUCCGCUGGACGCCAUACGAGCCGUUAGUAAGUUUCCUUGGCACACACUUACUGUGAGACGCUUUGAUGGUUUGUGCUGCGCUGACCACGGCGAACGGUUCGUGGGGUGGAUUGAUAUACGUGGCAGCGUGUGAUAUGAUGGUGCGUACGGUUGCAUGGUACGGUUGCAUGCCAUUCAAGUAUAAAGGCUGAAUGCCGCGGUUAAGGCAUUGCGCGCGGGGCUAGCUUGCGGGUCAAUUUUGUAUGCACCGGUUUCUGGUGUUGUGCUAUGGUUCUGCUACGGGUUGUGCAGGAUAAUGCUUAGGCACUGCAGUUUAUUUUGUUUGCAAUAGAGUGUCAUUCUUUGCUGCUGUCCAGAGAGAACAGGGCGGUCCUGCCGCUCUGAAGCUGAGCGCGUAGCGGAAAGGUGGCCAUUAGAACAUUUUUUGGCGUGCACUGGUCUUCCCGCUUGAGUAGGCACACGGUGCCUUUAUGCCUGGUGUUGGCGAUGUCGUUGAGCUUGUUCUUCAAAGGCUCUUCCAGUUCACAGGUUGUUGCAGGGCUACAAGUAUUUGAUUGACCAAACUGCAGUGCAGGUGUUAGGAGGAUGCGCUUGUGUUGUUUGGGUUAUGUGGGCCGUAGGACAGGAUGCUGGGAAGCGCGUGUGGGAUGUAGGAUGCCCAGCAAGUCAAUCGGAGUGACUGUUUCGCGUAAGCGGGUAGAGUACGGUAGGUGAGAGACAAGCAAGACGCCAUCGACAAAUCGAAUAGCUUGGAGAGUGCCAGAAGCCUGUGAGUGUCGUGGUGCGGUAUGCAAUUUUUACGUGGUCUAGACGGUCGCCAAAGCUCCAUUUCAGCAGCUGCCCCCGGCUGCCCAGUGCUCUAGAGCAGGCCGUUCGUACUAGGCGUACGUGCCCCGGUACCUGGCAUGCCCGCACACUUGCUAUUAGAGUGUCCGUACUAUUGUAUGUUCGCUGGCUCGGGAGCUAUGUCGCCCUUUUGUAACCGCUGGCGCCGCUUGUCUGUGCGGUGCCAAUCGACUUGUCUCGACGAGCGCCGUCACGCUGUGCCAUCUGCGGUCCUGUGUGUGACACCGUGUCUGUGGUUUGCCUGACCGCCUACCCCAUGGUGUAGCGCUGCUGUGCCUGCUGUGAUGGGUUGCCGGUGGUGCUACUGCGGUGGUCAUAGGGAGUAGCGUGUGCCCAGUAGUGCAGUCGGGCUGCAUGGGGCGCGUGGCGUGCUUAACAGGCCAGCGCGCUCCUGAUUCGCUGGUUGUGUUGCCAACGGAAUUAGCCAACAGAUUGAUACUUCUCUGUGUUAACCAACCCAACCGCGAGUCAAUGCCUCUGUUAAUCUCUCUC